AAUGUCUGAAUUAAUGAAAAUGGACGGGUUGAAUUCGAACAAACUUUAAAUUCGAUAGCUGGAACUAGUUUUUCCUGUGCGCCACGGUCGGAAGCGCCGCACCCAAACUCUUGUGCUGAGUCAAGCAGACCUGCUGCAGUGGGCUGCAUAAGGAAAAAGAGAAGGGGGAAAUCGACGGAAUUUGCGGCACUGUGGAGACCCUCACAUCGAAGAAGACCCGUUAUUACGGCAAAACCGUCCAGUUUUCGCUUCUGACCAGCUGCCUUUGUGAAAGGUGUUAUUUUAGUGUGAUGACAUCAUUUUGACCCCCGCCCGAAUUUUCUGCAGCUGGCAGAAGAAUAAUGUUUUUUCGUGGUGCGUUUGCAGGUCAAAACAAGUAGGUAGCAGUUGAAGAAGAUUAAAAAAGUGUGCAAAGGUUUAGUGAAAAGUAAGCGAGGAUUGAGAAAAGAACCUAAGCUGGUCGUGUUCUGGAUUCCGGUGGAACUCAUUGAAUAGUUUGUUGGCAUCGCACAACGCGAUACAUCCCAUCAGUGCCGGAGGGAACGACCAACGAAACGGCGCGCGAGUGUUGCGUAUUGUGAAGGUGCCGUGGCAGAAGCAGGCACCUGUCCUAUCUCCCCUACUACAGGUCGUCGUAGCGGAGUAGUGAUAGGUAGCAGGGUAGUGUUAUAGUUUAAGUGUAGCGGUAAUAGGAAGAGCCGGUGAAAGUGUUGGUGUUAGCGUGUGUGCAAUUCAUCCGAAUUUAUCCGGAGUCAUGUGGACAAUCAGUAGACGCGGUGGCGGGCCGGCAUUAAUCGUGCUGGUGGCCACCUUAAACGUCCUCGCCGUGCAAAGUCUCAUUCAUUCACCACCUCGCAUUAUCAAGCAACCGCCAACGGACGAGAUGCUUUUCCAGGUGGCCCAGCCAGGUGAAAACGACAAGCCCUUUAUCGUCGAGUGCGAAGCUGAAGGUGAACCAACACCAAGAUACCGAUGGAUCAAAAACGGUAAAAAGUUUGAAUGGCAAACAUACGAUGACCGCAUGUCGCAGCAGCCGGGCCGCGGUACGUUGGUAAUCAAGUCGCCUCGCGACGAAGAUCUCGGUCAGUAUCAGUGCUUCGCGGAGAACGAACACGGUACGGCGACGUCCAAUUCGGUGUUUGUUCGCAAAGCCGAACUGAACUCGUUCAAGGAUGAAACCGCCAAAACCGUCCAGGUGGAUGAAGGUUCACCCUUCAAAAUGCAAUGUCAGCCUCCAGAUGGUUGGCCGCGACCGAAUGUGUACUGGUUGAUUCAGAAUAUGGACGGUGGAAUCAGCUCUAUUAACAACUCUCGAAUGACACUUGAUCCGGAGGGAAAUCUGUGGUUCUCGAACGUCACCCGCGAUGAUCAGUCGGAUGACUUCUACUACGCUUGUGCAGCUUCUUCGCUGUUCCGAAACGAGUACAAAAUCGGUAACCGUGUGUUGCUGCAAGUCAAACAAACAGGAAUUUCCGCUGCUCAAAACAAACACCACCCGCAGCGACAAUACGUGUCUCGAAAGAAUGAAGUCGCAUUACGGGGGAAGAAAAUUGAAAUGUACUGUAUAUAUGGCGGAACGCCGUUACCUCAAGUGGUCUGGACCAAAGACGGGCGACCGAUACAGUGGAACGAUAAGAUUCAGCAAAACAAUUACGGCAAGUCACUGGUGAUACGACAUGCCACUUUCGAAGAUCAAGGCACGUACCAGUGCGAAUCGUCCAACGGUGUAGGCAGUGCCGAGUCCUAUUCAAUUCGGUUAGAAGUGCAAGCCGUACCAUAUUUCACCGUGGAACCGGAAAUCGUAAAUGCUGCCGAAGAUGAGACGGCAGAGUUCCGCUGUGAAGCUACAGGUGUUCCAAAACCUAAAAUCAUCUGGGUUCACAACGGAAAACCGAUCGACCAAUCACCGAACAACCCUAGACGCAUCGUUACUACUAACAAAAUCUACUUCACGAAGUUGGAAAAAGGCGAUACGGGUAACUACGGUUGUAACGCCACCAAUUCGCUCGGCUACGUGUACAAGGACGUUUACUUGAACGUUUUGGCCCUAGCACCUGAAAUUACCGAACCACCGAAGCUGGAAUACACCGUAGAUCGACGCAAUGUAACCAUGACCUGUCGUGUGUUUGGUGCCCCCAAGCCAGAAGUAAAAUGGAUUCGUAACGGACGUGAGCUUACCGGUGGACGGUAUCAAAUUCUCGAAACUGGUGAUCUUUUCAUACGAGGCGUUGAAUUUUCCGAUGCCGGAGAGUACACCUGUAAUGCCAUAAAUAAACUUGGUGAAAAGUCUGCCAGUGGAGAACUGGUCGUAAAGGAACACACUAAGAUCAUUGACGAACCACAGGAUUACGAAGUUGUAGCUGGCACGCAAGCAACGUUCCGGUGUAAUGCUGUGGCGGAUUCUUCUUUGGGUUUAACGAUCGAAUGGUUAACGGACGGAGUGCCGAUUGACUUCGAAACACAGCCUCGAUUUGUGAUGACGAACGACUACUCUUUGACUAUUUCGAAGACUAUCGAACUGGAUACGGGCGUGUAUACCUGUUUGGCAAGAACCGACUUGGAUGAGGUAAAUGCUAAUGCUACCUUGACUGUCUAUGACAGGCCGAAUAGUCCCUCCCUGGUAGGAAUCGAGUGCCACCAGGCUGUGGCAACGAUUACGUGGAAACCAAAUGGCGAUAAUCGCUCACCUAUUUUACAUUAUACCAUCGAGUUCAACACUUCCUUCACACCGGACAGCUGGGAAAUUUCCACCAAAGACGUUCCAGCUACUGAUUUCACCUACAGUGUCGAUAUGAGUCCAUGGGCCAACUAUACAUUCCGCGUGAUUGCUAUCAACAAAGUUGGCCCUUCGUUGCCAUCCGGUCACAGUGAUAUCUGUACCACACAACCAAGUGUACCCUUCAAAAAUCCCGAUAACGUCGAAGGCCAGGGUACCGAACCGAACAAUUUGCUUAUCAAAUGGACUCCAAUGUCGGAAAUCGAACAUAACGCACCCAGAUUCCAAUACCGUGUCUACUGGCAGUUAGAUACUGGAGUAGAUAAUUGGAAUACAGAGGAUAUAUUCGAUUGGCAACAAUCGGCAUUGUUAGUGCGCGAUCAACCAACAUUCCAGCGCUAUCGAAUCAAAGUUGUCGCAAUCAAUGAACUCGGUGAAGCUAACGUUGCGCCCAAGGAAGUAAUCGGGUAUUCGGGUGAAGACAAACCUCUGGAACCACCAACCAACUUCACUCUGAUCCAAGUUACAGCUCCCACUUCUGCAAUUCUUAGCUGGAAUCCAGUAACGGAAGAAAGCGUCCGUGGUCACUUUAAGGGCUACAAAAUCCAAACAUGGACCGACACCGAUGGCGAAGAAAACUUACGGGAGGUACUCGUAACAGCGGAUUCCAAACAAGCUCUAGUCACUGACUUUGUCCCAGAUUCGACCAAUUACGCCCGUAUUCUGGCCUAUAAUGGACGGUUCAAUGGUCCUGCUAGUACCACGCUGUCCUUCGAUACUCCAGAGGGAGUUCCCAAUACGAUACAAUCGUUGGAUGCCAUCCCGUUGGGAUCAUCCGCUUUCCUGCUUAAGUGGAAGAAACCACUUCAAACGAAUGGUAAAUUAACCGGUUAUAAAAUCUACUAUGAAGAGGUCAAGGGCACCUCGUUCGGACCUCGAAUGGAACGUGAACCACACAUACAUGAUCCACGUAUCACUGAUGCUAAACUAGGCAAGCUGAAGCAGGGUACCAAGUACCGGGUGCAUGUCGUUGGAACCACCAAAGCAGGAGAGGGACAAGACUACUAUAUCGAACAAAAGACUGCCAGCGGAAUCUCCAUACCGCCAGACCAACCCUACUUUGCCUGGGAACGCCAGCCGAACGAUAAUGGCCGAGCUGACAUUAAGGUCAUUUGGCAGCCCAAUUUGGAGGGCAAACCAGGAUCGCAUUUCUUUGUCAAGUACCGAAUCAAGGGAGAAAACCAGUGGUUGAUGACCGAACCGGUGCUAUACGAAAACCACCACACCGUCCAUGGGCUGGACCCGGACAGCAACUACGAGUUCCGGGUAGUUUCCGUUGAUGGCGAGUACCAGACUGAGUCGCUCUCGCAGGAAGUGGACACAUACGGAAUUGAGGGUCCCAUUAAAGUACCCAACGAAAAUGUUGCAACCGCCGGUUGGUUCAUCGGGAUGAUGCUUGCAAUCGCUUUUCUGAUACUGCUGCUAAUCAUCAUCUGUAUCGUUAAACGAAACCGAGGCGGCAAGUACGAUGUGCACGACCGGGAACUGGCGAACGGACGAAACGAUUAUACCGAGGAGGGCGGGUUCCCCGAGUACUCGCAGCCUGUUUUACGUGAUUACAGCUUGGACAAUAAAAGCCAGGGCCGACAAUCACUGAGCUCGCAAAAAGUCGCACCGGAAAGUGAUACUGAUUCCAUGGCGGAAUAUGGUGAAGGUGAUACAGGAGGACAAUUCACCGAAGAUGGUUCCUUCAUAGGCCAGUACGUGCCCGGUAAGCCACCGGUCAGCGCUCAGUCGACACCGCAAAACCCGUCGCUGCAAGGCGCCAACGCUGGCAUGGCCACGUACGUCUAAGUUAAUCAAUCUACUGCUGUUUGGUUUUCCUACUGGAGGAACUAUUGCUUGUUGUUACUCGUCGAGAGCUGAUAAUACGAACUGAUGGUUUGCAAACUGUAUGCAUUCGGCAAACGGAACUCGAAGCGGCGGAACAAGGACACACGUCACCCACUUUUGAAACUGUUGAUUUUUGAGAUUUUUUUUUGUUCUUUUGUAACUCGGAAUACAACCAAUACAAUAGUUUUAACGACAGUAAGGAAUUCUCUCGAAAAAAUCAACUCAAAUCGAUGUGUUCAUAACUCAGAGUAAAAAUCACACGAAAAGCUAACUUUCUUUACUUCACAAUCAGUACAAAAAUUUACGGGAAUUAAACAAAUGGCUAGUUUAAGUUAACCGCUAAUAAACAGGCUGCUGUGCAGGACCGUUAGUGAUACGUUGAGGGCACCUGUCCAAGAACCACAUCGGUAAUCAAUUCCAUUUCGGUUGCAGGGCAGCCACAGAUCGAUCCCAACCUAAAAUCGCAUUCUUUGCGUAACUCGCGCGUUUGGAUUCUACUUUGAUCGUUCGUGCUUGAAUUAUGACACCUACUAGUGUAAAUGCGAUCGUACGGAUGAUCCUCUCAAAGAGCGGGAUCCUCCACCCUAAAAUAUCUGCUUAAUUAUUUGGCGACUACAAAUGCAAUGUGUAGCUGCAAAAGCCUUCUUUGUCUUAGUCCGGCCCUUUUUUGUUUUAUUUUAUAACAUUUGUAUUGGUUAUUUUUGUUUAGUUAACUUAUCCUUUAAUCAAAGUGCCGAUCUGAAAUAAAGCUUUCUCUGCUUUAGUAGAUUCUCGGUAACUCUUGUUAGAAUAUAUAGAAGAUAGAAGUUCAACAGCGAAGCAGCAUCGUGACAAGUGAAGAAUCAAUUUCGUCCAGUAAGCAAGAAUCUCUUAUUCGUACUAGUUUUAAUUGCUAGGGAAACAAACACACACAGAACAAACCUACUAUUACAAUAUUUCCUCCUCCGUCUCUUUAUCUUCCAAGCUUGCGAAAGGAAAAGUGAAUUCGUUUUAAGUUGUUGUUAAUUUUAUGCCCGUUUAUAAAAUUAGUAAAACAAAAUGGAAUGCAAAGUGCUGGAAGGUAAGCGUGGCUUAGCACAAAACUAUCGAGUCCGUAUGUAUGCGGACAUAGCAUAACGAAGCGAGCUAGCGGAGGGCAUCUUCUUGACAGAGUGCAUUUGCUUUUGCAAUGCCGAAUGCCAGCGGGGAACAACGUUUUAUCCGUUUGGGUCUCAAAUCGAACAUCACACAAAUAUCUAUCACACACCGAUGCGCAUAUGCACUAGGAGAGAUAAGAAGCUCUUUGUAUUGAUUAAGAGAGCGUACCAUAGAUCUGUAUAUAAUGCGAAAGUGCUGCAAUUAUUUCCCAUUAAUUUUCGAAAGCAAACUUUUUUUAAGGUAAAGAACACUAAGAAAUGAAAAACGAAUAUGUUAGAAUGCAAUUCUUUUAUUUUAAUUGAAAUUUCCUUGAAUUAGUUUUAACUGUUUAGUAAGAGAAAGCUAAAUGUUUACUUUUAUUUGUAAUAAAGAACUUCUUUACAAAAUAUUUUGUUAUUCUUUUGUGUUUUAUUUAGUUCGGAAUCUGUAUGGUUUAUGGUGUUGCCAGGUUGCGUUUGUAUCAAUGACACUGUACAUGAGGACUAUACUACUAAUAAUCGCACACCAGUCUCAUAUGUAUACUGCACGUAGUCGCAAGUCAGUCCCAUGUUCGAUGGGCUUUCCUAUCUUCAUGCGACUGACUUCCGAUUAUAGGUAGUAGAGAGAAUCCCAUCGAACAUUGGGUAAAAAUGAGGCGACAGAACACACGCUACAAAAAUGAUACACUUACACAAUUUUACUAUUACGAUGCGAUAGCUGAACGACCUAAGCUUUAUUUAUUGUUUUAUUUUUGUUAAAGAAUUUUAUUGUAAGGGCCAUUCUCCUAAGAAGAAUAUAGGGUAAUGAGGAAUCAGAAUAAAUUGUCUCAUCCAUCGCUUCGGCCCACGUAUUUGUCCAAUCAAGCAUCGUGUACUAUCAACUGCGACUUUUUCCAAUUAUUUCCUCAAUUCUACUUUGCUGUAACUUGUAUGAGACAGUUGCUUCCGCGCAGAUCAAACACUUCUCUCAGACACCAUAAAAUAAACAACCGUGAAGUGGCCAAAGUUGUCUAUGAAUGUAAUAAAGGAACACAGCUGCACGUUCUCGGUAUAAACGUCCGAAUGUUUCAGGUUGUUCAAGCCAGUUUGAGAUUUUUGUUGAAUCUAGCAGCAUUCCCUGAUCCCAUUGAACUUUCAGAUUUGCUAUUUCUAAGUGGCCGCCACAAAUCCUCGAGUUAGACACAUCACUCGAUUUCUCAAAUGUACAGUUGUGUCCGUCCUUUCUACCGGUUGCAACUACACGAUUAACGAAACGCACUUCCUUGAGUCAUUUAGCUCCCAGCUCUAUCGAGAUCUAUUCGAAUAUUAUCCGGCGAUGAAUUCCCUGGCAGCGGAUUUUCGGUAGCGAUGUCUGUUUCGUGAGACAAUUUGCUUCCAUUUUUGUAACGAUAUAGUCGGAUAGUCCACGACGGUGAAUCUACCCUACUGUGAAUUCCUCGGCGGUAAUUUUUUCCCGAUACCGAUAUUCGUUUCUCUGAGCCAUGUAACUCCCCGCUUCAUCCCUGUCCAGUCCUCGGCGGUGGAUCUAGCCUACUCACGAGCUACCCGGUAGGGUGUCGAGGUCGGUCCGGCGAUUCCGGUGAAGCCUGAUGUCCGGUUCACUGGCGCCUGAUGACCCGAGCCCGGUGCCACAUCGCGUACUACUCAACCGUACGGUGGCUUUCUAGCCGAUGGCGCUACUCUGUUGGUCCAUUCGAUAGGCUCGAUCGUGGCACAUCUAUUCGACGACAUUGUCAACUGUCACACCCUGCAUACCCCUUCAAAUUUCUUCGAACCUAGGGCAUUCGAAGCCCACGUGUUUCGGUGUCUCUUGCACGUCCACGAACUUCGGGCAAAGGGGUAACGAAGCAUGUCCAAACCGAUGUAGAUACAUCCAAAAGCAUGAGAGUAGGGUCCAACUAUGCCAAAGAAGAAACAUCAUGCAACAGCCGCUUCGUUAGGUAUCAAAGUAUCUAGUUCUAUCACUUGUGACGAUCGAAGGAAUCAAAAGUGAAUUGACCAUACCCUGAAGUAUUCCGAGAUCCUGAUUCCCCCGGCAAAAAGUACACUUUUCGACCGGUUAUAAAACCUGCCUUGCAACACGCCAAACUUUUUUUUAAUUUCGAUUAUAGAGAGUUUAACCUUAUGGUCAUUCGCCUCUUCGGGCUAGAAAAAUCUCUUAUGGAAAAUUUCUAACCCUAUGUGCGGGGUCGGUACUUGAACCCAGGUGCGCUGCGUGCAAGGUAAUCGAUUUACCAACUACGCUACGCCCAGCCCCUACAUGUCAAACUUGACGAUUUUGCAAAUCAAGCAUACAUUUCUAUAACAUAUUGAGGAGUAUUUUGUUCGAAUUGAACUCAAUCAGAAUUUUUACCUGAAUUUGGUUCUUCCUGAAAACAAAACUUCGGUUCGUUGUGAAAUCCGUUCUUUGUCACGUGUCAAACAUCAUGAAAAUAGCCCAUCGAAUUUGCAAAAUCAUAAAAUUGGACAUGCCGCAAGACGGGUUUUAUAACGGGUCGAAUACUGUCCUCUUUGCUGGUGGAAUAGGUUUUCGGAAUACCCCUGGUUGUGACCAAUUUGACCAAAACCUUAAAAUUUCUUCCAGUGUACUUGUUUUGCGAAAUUAUGAGUUUGACAUGUCACAACAUGAGUUUUAAAACUAGUCGCAAAUUGCCCUCUUUGCCAGAUGGACCAGUUUUCGGAAUAUCCCGGGGUUUAUCUUAUUUGACCACAAACUCUCAAAAUAUUGUGUAAAAUUAUGAAGUUUGAUACCCUACAAGACGGGUUUUAUUAUCGAUCGAAAAGUGUCUUAUUUGACGGAGAUACAAGGUUCCCGGAAUACCCCGGGUUGUGACCAAUUCGACCAAAAACUCUCAAAAUGACCUCCUGCAUACUUGUUUUGCAAAAUCAUGAAGUUGGACCUGUCGAAAGACGUCGAAAAUUGUCCUCUUUGCCGAAGAGAUAAGGUUCUCGGAAUACCUCGGAGUGUGGCCAAAUAGACAAAAACCCCUCGAAAUGUUCUUUAGCGUACAUGUUUCCCAAAGUCGCGUAGUUUGACAUGCCGCAUGAUAGGGUUUCCAAAGAAUCCAAAAACGUCCUCUUUGCCGCAGGCACCAGUUUCCCUGAAUACCCCGGAUUGUGGCCAAUUCGUUCGAAAACUCAAAAUAUCCUCCAGCAUGCCUGUUUCAAAUCAUUAAAUUAAAUUUAGUCGAAAAGCGUCCCUUUUAGCGUAGGAAUCAGGUUCCCGGAAUAUCCCGAGUAUUGACUAAAACCCUCAAAAUUACCUCCAGUGUUUUUGCUUUUCAAAAUUUUGAAAUUUGACACCUCGCAAGACGGGUUUUAGAACCUGUCGAAGUGUCCUCUUUGCUGGUGGAACCAGGUUCGCUGAAUACCCCGGGGCGUGGCCAAUUUAACCAAAAACCCUCAGAAUGUUGGUCAUUACAUUUGUUUUGCAACAUCAUAAAGUUUCAUGCGUGGCAAGACUGGUUUGACAGCCAUUAUGAAUGUUCCCCAGUACUCCCAACAAAAAGCCCAAAAUUCAAAAUUCCGCUCAGUUCCUUUAAAUUGGCAAAUUUUUUGAUCGUCGAGAACCAUUAUUUUGAAAAUUAACAUUUUUCAUAAAAUGGUAGUUGGGGACGAAAGAGUUAAGUACGUGGCUUCCCGAUACUUAUCGAUGCUCGAUUUGUUUCCCUUCUUGUGGACUGGAAACUGGGUCGCUUUCCAACAGGAAGGAAAUAUUCCAGUAGCGUCAUUGUCAAAAUCGAGGAAACACCAUCUGGACCCGGGGAACUAGAUACUUUCAGGUUGGAGUUUGCGGCAAAAAAGCAGCAUCAUCAACGCAAAUUCGGCUGACGAUUCAUUGGGGACUUCACUCCAUACUAUGGCCAAAUAGCACUUUGGUUUAGAAACCUAUCUGAUAUCCAUCUUGACAGAGGUUUCAUCGUCUAUGAGAGGCAUCUUCUGAACUUCGCCAGAGCCUGGUAGUACAACUUCCAGUCUUCUUUUCGCUAUAUCCUACUUUAAAAUCCUAUUCGGUUGCUAGGAUGCACGGUAUGGAUGAUCAUCCUGGCAGUACUAUGGCUGGCACCUUAUUUUUAGCAAUAUCCCUAUCGGAGAGCUCCGGGUUUUCCUUUAUCGAACAUCUACACGAAGUUCCAGCACGGUGUUUGUUUGGAAUUCUUCGGAUUCUAAGUGGUAAAUACUUUAGUGGCUGUUGUGACCACAUAGAUAGUAGUUACACCGCAGUGUUGCCGUUGGAUGGUUGCGAUGAUUGUGGGGAUUUGGUUGUAGGUUAGAUUGCUAAAAGUUUCCCUUGCACACAAUCAGUGCCCGCUGUUGUUGUUGACCAUUAAUUGUAGUAUUUUGGUAUCCUUUUGAGAUAGAAGAACCUCUUCCCGAAUCGGGCUAGUUGUAAGGUUAUCUCGGAUCGAAAUAAGAAAGCCAUACCAAUCGACGGCGAUACCAAAUUUCCCAAGGAAUCGUGUGGGAAUGAGUGUACCCUGCACCGAGGUGAGAGAGUGAAUUUUGCUCAAUUCUGCUUUCACCACUUUUCAGGACUCUCCUUGCCUUUUGUGAGAAGCACCGGCUACCUCUGAGGUGAGCAAUGAAUGGUUGAUGGCUUUGCUCGUGAAUGCCUUGCAAAUAUUGGACGAUGGAUCUUCUCUGAUUGGUAUGCUAAACUUCUAUUGCCCGAGUACUCAGCAUAGCAUCGUAAGAAGAUCGCGAGACUCAUCGAUUUCCUGGGUGAAGGUGUGUUUGGACUCCCAGAUGAAGGAAUAGUUGUGGAGAAGUUCGAGCUUGAGAAUAUGUUGUUAGUGGUUUUCUGGGGACUUUCACAGACUGCAAGAACGAUUCUGGCACUUUCGACAGACGAAUCUGAAUCUUGGCCAUCUUUGAGCCAUCAGUGAUGAUCUUGCAGUAGUUAAAAUAUGUACCGAUCAUCAGUUGAUGGAAUAUCCAAGUAACAUUCAAAGUUUUAUAGCACGCUACAAGCACAAUCUAUGUUUUAUCAGUGGCUAUAAAACUACUAUAAAGCCUAAAUUAUUACUAAAUAAGGCUUGCACUGCGAAGGAAUAUACUCCUGCUCUGGAAACCAGCGAAACACUUAUUUCAAGAUUUGUCACUCGCUUGGUCCACUUUUGGAUUUAUAGACGGGACUACCUACAAAAGUAGUAUGGAUGCUUCUUGCCACUUACAGAGAAGGGCUUGCAUGGCUGGUGAUUUAUUCAAGGAAGCAACACAUGUAAAUCCUUGCAGUAAGGCAAACUUUUAUUUACAUUUCAGAUGCUUCUUACUGCAUACUAGUAUUUUGAAAACAUCAGUAUUGGAAAUUAGCACCCCAUUACUAAUACACAUUGCAAGUCUGUUAUAAGUGUUGAUUUCGAUAGAAUCCGGUUAGAUGACAACUGUCGAUCAGCAUGAGGAAUAGGGUCGAACCGAAACAAUCAGACAUUACGGAUAUGGUUUUUCAACAAACUCCCUCAUUUUUUUCUACGUGUUUCUUCAGUUCAGUAUGGUAUAUUUGUUUUUAUUAUGUUCGUCUAUUGCGUUACGCUUUUGUCGAAAUUAAUGAAUCGAAUGAAGGAAAAACACACAGGGUCUUAGUGAAAAUAUUAACUUAACAAACAUUUAAAAAAAUCUAUUACAUUUGCUUAUCCCUAACUGAAGUAUGUCGAAAUGAGAAGAGAAGAGAAAACAUAAACAAGUUUGCUUGUUUCUGUUGAAAGAACGAGAUAUUUCGCUUUAAUAUGAAUGAUCUAUGCUAAUUUGUAAAAAAAACUUAUUGCUUAUUUAUCACGUACCAACUAAACUUCAGUAACAUUAGAUCGUAAACUAGCUUUCGCUUAUAUCAUGAAAUUAGGACCACAGCCAUAUGUUCGUGCGAAAGCCGAAGCCGAAAUAAAUCGGUCGGACUGCCCUAGUGUAUUAAGAAAGGAUAACAGUAUGGUAAAGGAAAACAAUGGCAUAUUGUAGGCUUAUAAGUAGGAGAAAAUGUAUGGAAGGCGUUUAACAAAAUGGGUGCUUUUUAUAUACAUAAACCGCAAAGCUGAAACGGAAAAAAACGCAUGUACCGGAAUGAUGUAACUGCUACUCGUGAUGAGAUAAACUACGUAUUUUGUUAUAUUUUGCGUGAGGAAAAAUUACAAACAAAAUUAAGAGAACUAUUAUUUUAAUACUGACAAGUGCUUUUAUGGGGAACAUUUCGAUGAAAACUAUCUGUUACCCUGUUCUCGUUUGCUCUUAUUAAAUUGUAUUUUGUUUCCAAACUUUUAUCGAUCACUUAUAUCUGUACAGUAUGUUUGUCUGAUCGUUUUUGUCUUUGUAAAAAACAGAACGCAACAAAAAGGAAACUUAAAGUUUAAAUUAAGAUAACACUACACUCUAAAUUUAAUGUUACAUGUUUUUAUGAAAGGCAACUUGUACUUAGAUAACUGUAUAUUAAAGAAAUUGUAACUCUAGCAGAUAUGGUUAAAAAUAUUCGCUUUUUGUAAACAAAACGACUACAAUUAUGCAAUUAAAUACAUGGAUUCAAUUAAGAGCAAAAUGUUUCGAAAACCCCAAACUUUCGAGACAUCAAACGGCAACAAUUGCGCAUUUUCUCUGGUUAUAUAAAAAUUCAAACCGUCAUUCCACAAACUAGAGAGAAAGAAAAAUUCAUCAUGAAGCGGUGCCAUUUAUUUUGGGAACCUAAAACACAAACACUGCCGUUUCAGUCCCAUCUGGCAUCACUCACACAAAACUCCACAUCAUCAUCAUCAAACAACCUGUUACUAUGCAGAGUUCAAUCGAAUCAUACGCAAAGAUUGUAAAUGUUUAUUACAGAAAAGAGUGAACCCCUAUUUACACCGGGCAGAAGAGCUUGCCGAUUAGACAAAAGGAACGAAUGAACUUAGGUUUGGAACGAGUUACACGAAACGAAACGAAAGAUGAUAUUUUCUUCCGCGAAUUAAACAUUCUAGUGAUCAGAAAGAAAAAAAAAAAUGAUGGAAUAUUUUUUGAUGAACACCUUUGAAUUCCAGUUACCGAACGUGUAACAUAACUAUCAAUUAUUGCAUACAACAACUAACACUACUAGAAAACUCCGCAGAUGGCAUAUGCUUAGGUAAUGGGAUUAACCCUUAAAUGCGCAAUGUUGUUUUAAAACAACAUCGCGAAAACCAUCUCAAAAUUAUCAUAGUAACGUAUUAAAGCAGUGAGACAAUUUUCAGAAAAUUUGAAAAAAUUGGUUUGCGCCUUUAAGGGUUAAUAUAAUAAAAGUCGAUUUGGUUACUAAACUUUAUAAGCUACUAAUGAUAACGAUCACUCCGAAACAUGAUAGUGAAGGUGAAUAUUUUCACAAAACAUUGUAUCAACAUAAAUCCAAACAAAGAAGAAAAGCCACAAUUAUAAUUGAAUUUCACCCAGACAACUGUAGAUAACAUCAUCACUUGUACUUUAUUAUUCGGAAGUUCUUUGAUGUAUUAAUGCAUAUGCCGCGAAAUAAAUCACUACCGGAAUAGAAUAA